UGAGCGUCUCUACUAUUCCUGCUUUUCCUGUUUGUCCUCCUGUGGCCUGGGUUCCAUUCCUGAGAAGAGAACAUUUGUGGCAUUUAGCUGGCACCCUUAUGCAGAUUUAUUUCAGUUUUAUACAACUGAGCAACAGGGUUAAGGGCUUUGCUCAGGGACCCAGCAGUGGCAGCUUGGUGGACAUGGGAGUUAAACUCAUGACCUUCUGAUCAGUAGUCCAACACCUUAACCACUUAGCUACCACAUCCCACAAUUAUCCAUCCAUGAGAGCACAGGAUCCUGCCACGACCACUAGAGGCGUUAUAUGUGCGUAUGACGAGCAGUUCAAGUUCUUUUUUUGUGUUGUUACAGUAUUUACAUAUCCAGCAUUUGGCAGAUGCUUUUAACCAGAGUGAUAAUUCCAACAAAAAAAAUGUCUGAGCGUUAAAGGUGUUUAUAAGAGAUAUGUGAAGUCGUACAAGAGGACAAACAGGAAAAGCAGGAAUAGUAGAGACGCUCAUGCGCAAUUCUGCCCCCUACAUAAGUGCACUACAUAGGGCACAAGAAAAUGGCUUUCCAUCCGUAUAUGCAAUUGUUAUUGAGCCCAAUGGAAAGGGUGGCGACUCUUUAGACAGCUGCAACCAAAACAUGACGGCUAAUAAAAGACAAUAGUCUGGUCCAGACUGAGAUGAAUGUAUUGCUGUGUCCAUUUGGGGUCAUAAUUUUGGCAGUGCUUCCUUUGACGUCAUGUCAGGACCCAGUGCCCAUUCAGUUCCAGAGCUCUCCUGUGCUGGUGGCUACAGGAACCAAUGCUGUUUUUACAGUGCAGACCAUCUCCAACAUCUACUCCAUCACGUGGCUCACUCCUGAAGGAGGCACUCUGGGCCAGUGGAUCAACAACCAGGCUGUUCUUAAUUCGAUUGCCCAGUAUCAAGGCAGAGUGAACAUCAGUGCCACGCAGCUCACAAUCAGCAACACCCGACUCAAUGAUGCUGGAAACUACACGGUCACUGUAACACCCUCUGGUUCCACCGGAUUAUCCACCAACUCCCGCUCGGUCACCUUGUCAGUUUUUGUUGCGGUGGGAGACGUGAGCCUGGUCGCGCCAUCUGUGACUAUUGAGGGUGGAAAUGCAUCUUUAACCUGCAGCUGGACUUCAGGCACCAACACCAGCGUGACAUGGGGCAAAGGUAGCACCAAUCUUCCCUCAGAUCCUCGUUUCAUCAUCAACGCCGGGUCUCUCGUUAUCAGUCCAGUGAAUAGAAAUGAUGCCGGACAAUACAGCUGCACCGUCAGCAACCCUGUUAGCAGCAAGACUGCCACAGCAAGCCUCACCGUUUACUAUGGCCCAGACACCCCUCAGGUGACGAGAACCUCCUCUGAGUGUGUUGGUGGAGGGGAUGCCACCAUAGGCCAGACGGUCCAACUUACCUGCGUAUCUGUCUCUCUGCCCCCUGCUCUCUUGUCAUGGCAAUUUAAUGGUCUCCCACUGACAGCCAGCCAGGCAAAUGGUGGCACGCUGAAUUUGCAGAUUUUUUCAACCAAUCAGAGUGGGCAGUACACAUGCAUAGCAAGUAACAGCAUCACGACACAAACGUCGCAGCAGCAGUUAAGCCUUAACGUUGUGGCUACGUGUCUGAGUGUAGGUGCAGUUGCCGGAAUAGUCGUCGCCUGCUUUGUUGCACUUGUGUUAAUUAUUGUCGCCAUCAUACUGAUACUACGUCAAAGAAAUGUUGAUCAGAGACUCAGGACAGUCACUGAACAAAGGAAGGAAAACCUCAACAAUAGGCAGACAGUUCUUCCCGCUCCACAAAAUGGUCAUGAUAAUCCUGGGUUUCUCGGCCAGGGUGAUCAACCUGACCCACCGCUGCACUAUAACAGAAUCAGUCGUUCAAAGGAUCAGCAAACCACUAACCAACACAAUAUCAACAACGAUUUACCGAUACAAAACAGAACACCCAACACCAGUGCUGUUCAACCCAAUGGCAAUCUUAAUACAGGCGUGGUCUCAAAUGAUGCCAACCUCAACUCCAAUGCCCACUUACACAACAGCCAGUGGAAUGAUUUGAUAGCCAGUUCAAAUCAGCACAACCGCUCAUUCCAACAAGUGGGCCAGCAGAACCCAAAUAUUCUCAUACAGACUGGCCAUGCAGAGUCAGGACCUCACACAGUCCUCAUAAACCUUAAUACACUACCACAGCAUCAGAAUGCCACUACACAACCUCACACUGUGCAAGUCAGUCUCAGUGCACCUCAACCUUCUUCUGGGCCCAACCAGUACAACAUGCAGUAUAAUGAUCAGCAAAGUAAUGCCGUCCAACAGGAGCCUGCUACCACUAGUCACUCAAAUCUUCAUCAUGUCAGUGGGCCACACUCCAAUCCUCAGACUCGGAUGGAUAACAACCUUAAUACAGCACAGCCUGCCAACAAUAGCGCCUUAAGAAAUGGACAACCCAGAAACCAACGUAUCACCAACCAGACACGGUCAAGGCAGAAUACUGACGAUACAUUUAAUUACUCGGCGCAGACACGGACACAGUUAGGUCGCGUGCUCUCUGUUGACUACUCAGAUGAUGAUACUCACCCACGCCAGAUGCCGUGGGACAGAAUACACGGUACACCCCAAUACCCCAAUCCUCAAAUGGACAGUUAUGAAUUCCAAAAUUCAGCACAGCAAAACAGUUCAUUAGAUUCAGAGAGUGGACGCACAGCUCCAGAUGUAAGAUCCUGGAGAUCACCUGGGAAUGAACAGAUGCGGAGCAUUUCCAGAGCUUCGAGAAGAAACUUUCUGCGACAGCUUGCUCACAGUACCGCCCAGAGACGUUCUCGAGCGGAUCGGAACAUGCUGAGACAAGUCACGCAGUCUAAUGUGAUUAAUCAGCCACGUGCUGAACAUCAAAGUCGGACUGCUCCACAGAACAUUGCAUCUCAGAGACAUGGCAUGAACAGCACGGACAUAACAGUUCCUGUUUCUCAACAACAAACAGUUCAAAUUCAGCCCAAUCAACCUACACAUUUAAUCAGUCAGGCUGGUCCAGAUCAGAGGCAGUCCGGUCCGCUCAAUGCUGCCAUUCCCAACACCGUCAGACUAACUCAGGCUGCUUUGCAGCAGCAUACCAUACAGGCACCCAACCCCUUUGUUAAUCGGAUUCAUCAGACCCAAUCUGCAUUACAGCACCCUGGAUCUCAGUCAGCACCUCCUCAAACUGUUCCUGCAAGGCAGAUCAACCGCCAAGCUGCUCCAGAGCCUCCUCCAGUUCUACGCCCAGCAGAGUUUAAAAUGCUACCUCGAGAGCAUUUAAACAAACCACAAUCUAUAAAACCAGUUCAGCCCAUGAGACGGCCCGUGGUCGUGCAUCACGGACACAGACCUCCACACAUGACCAGACAUGCAAGACCUACGGCUAACAACUUACACAAACACCCAGUGAACCCUCACAAACAUGACAGGGCACAUUGGCAUGCCACCAAUCAUGGCCUCCCACUACAUAUGAGCCAGGUCCACAGACGUAGACACAGACCCUGAGACAAACCAAUGAACAUUCUGAUAAGACAUCAUACAGACUUAGAAAAAAUCACUGAUUUAUAUUUAAGCGAUGACCCUCCUUGUGCCAAACUGUGCUGUUUUGCACUAUUUUCUACUUUCUACUGUUUUUACUCCAACCAAAUAACCAUGACAAGACUCAAAAACACACAAACUGCACAAAAAUACACAAACUGCACAAAAACACACAAACUGCACAAAAACACACAAACUGCAAUGUCCCGUCCAGAGAAAAACUGCUAAAUUCUAAGUAAUGAUCUUUCAGUUUAGGGCCUUCUUACACAGCUGUGUUUUCAGCAUUUGGUACACAGAUGCUUCCUUGGAUACCGUUCAAUUAGCGCCGCCUCAAUGGAUGCUCGAUGAAGCGCUCGAGUAACUAUGAAGGAAAACCAGCAAAAGGCCCUGCUGUUAUUUAUUAUGCCCAUUUGUUUUUGCUAACGACAUGGUAAAUACUAAUGAUUUAGAGUGUUGGAAGUUAUCUUCAUGCAGAUGGGAUUUUGAAAGCAAGUACAACAAAGUACACUAAUAAUUAGUAGUGGUUGUCUUCACUAGACCCUUUGACUGAAGGAUUCCUGCAUCAGAGCCAAAUAACUUUUGAGAGCCUGUUGAACCCCAAGCCUGAAAAGAAGCAGUACCUGAGGUCUUUGUUGUCCUGGUUGUCUCAGUAUUUGGGGGGUAGGUCUUAUUUUCAUCCUUGUGCAAUUGCUGCAUGCAGAAUUGCUCAACUCAAAUAACUGCCUGCUUGUCUCUACCCAUGUCCCAAGGUCGUGAGCCCUUUUCAAUUGCACAGAGGAACAAAUGUAAGUUACUUUGGAUAAAGGCUUCUACCAAAAGCUGUAAAUGUAAAAAUGUAAAUGUCCUUAUCUCUACAAAUGUCCUGUUUUUGUUUGUCUGCCAUUUGUCCCAAUUACUCACACCUGUUUUCACGUUGCCCUUUUUGUUUGUAUAUUUAAAUCCCUGUGCUACUUUGUCCAGUGCAAAUUAGUGUUAAAUGUUUCCAUGUCAGUCUUUACCAAGCAUUUAUUCUGAGGCUUUGGUUUUUUUGCUAUUUGUGACCUUGAUCAUUUUUUUCUAGUUUGUGUGUUUUGAAUUCUGUUUCCCUUAGCUGUUUAUAGACGACCUGACCUUUGUCUGUUUACGGUUUACGUUUCCAUUCACAUUUGGGAUUCAUCUGCCUACCUCUGAUAAAAUGCUUAAACUGGACUUGCAUCCAUCACAUCUCGCGCUUCACAUGACACAAUAAAACACUCAUAUUCUAUUACUGUAUAUUAUUAAAAUUGCACAAAAUUACUUGGGGAUGUCUCAUCUUGUGGAAGAUAGUGCUUGAUAAAGCAGGUGAUAUCCUCAUCAUGAAUAAUAUGCUUUCAUUAAGAAACAUAGAUCUCAUUCAUAGAAGCAUGUGCAGAGGUGACAUUUAUAGUUUAGCUGAAUAGUUUACACCUGAAACCAACGUCUUUUCACUUCGUCAGCAAAAGCGUCCUAAUAGAAAAAGUGACGUCACUGAAAUGGAAAGGUCGUGGGACUUGAAAGCUGUUCAUCUGCAGCACUUUCCUUUUGCCUCGACUUUUAUCUCGGUGUGUAUUUUUGUAUGUGAUUUUAGAGACCUCUUGUUUUGUGAGCCUCUAGAAACAAAUUUCGCAUUUCUGUGUUGAUCAACAGAGGGUUCUAUAAUAAAAACUCAGGGUAAAACGUU